AUGUUUAACAGAGUGGCAUGGUUCUUCAUUCUUGGCCUCUCUAUUGUCGCUGCGGCCCGCAAGAAUUUGAUCGUUGACACAGACUUGUUCAGCGACUGCGAUGACGCAGGUGCACUUCUCCUCGCCGCAACUUCGCCUGAAGUGAACCUGCUCGGAGUCAAUAUCAACUCCCAGUCGUCAUACUCGGUCCUAGCCGCUUCUGCCAUCCUCAAUCAUUACGAACAUUCCCAUGUUCCCAUAGGCGCUCGGCGUCCUUUGAAUGAUGUUCCUUUCUUCGACAACUGGACUAAGUUACUAGGGGAGUUCGCCAGCAAGCUUGCAACACACUGGCCCAGAAGCCUUUCUACUGCAGACGAAGCCUGGGGUCCUGUCGAACUCUAUCGGAAGCUUCUAGCCGAGGCCGAAGAUGGAUCUGUGACGAUUGUGUCAAUUGGCUUUCUCCACAACUUGUCGGGUCUUCUCAACUCAACAGCAGACGCCUAUUCCAGUCUCACUGGGCCUCAAUUAGUAGAGGCCAAGGUGAAGGAACUCGUAGUUAUGGGGGGUGAUUAUCCGACAGGGUACGAGUUCAACUUUUGGGGAGACAACCCAUAUACGGCAGCACAUGUGAUACACAAUUGGAAAGGGUCCAUUGUUUACGCCGGGUUUCAACUUGGCGGUUCAGUUUAUUCCGGAGGGCCGCUCAUGGCCGACGGCCCGAAAACAGAUCCUGUGCGCGCGGCGUACAUUCUUUACUCAUAUUACCAGCCACGAUGGUCAUUCGAUCCCAUCGCCAUGCUAUACGCCAUCAAGGGCUUGGGCAAUCACUUCAAAUUUGGAAAUGAUAAUGGAUACAACACUAUCAAACUUGACGGGGAAGGUAGCGUUGGCCGCAACGAAUGGGUUUUUGACGAAAAGGUCUCGAGCCAGCACUGGCUUAACCCAACCGUCGCGUACUCGGAGCUUGCUGAGACGCUUGAUAGUCUCUAUCUAAAGGGUGCAAGGUCUUCAAAGAGGAGUUCCGAUCCUCUCGACAAACUUCCAAAGUUUGGCAAUUGCAAACCAGAGGACGUGGACGUGACAGAACCUCCCCAAGAGAGAUCUGAGUUGUGA